CUAGUUCUUGUGUCAAUAUACCUGAUGAUCUUCUUGAUUCUUGGUUUUUGUUCAUAUGGACACCUCUUUAGGAGGGGUGACAAUUAUCAGAAGAUACCUAUAUGAGGAUGACUUGAUUGUAAACUUGCUUAGCCUCCAUGAGCUACGAGGUAAAGGGGUAGUCCUUGAAAUACUUGAUGCCCUAGAGUUUUGUUCCAAGUGAAAUGGUUCUUUGAUCUGGCUGCUUGGAUUCUUGUUUGCCCUUUUAAUUAGAAGACAUGAAUCUUCUCAGCAUCUUGAUCCCAGUUAUUGCUUUGUUCUGUUAAUUAAUUCUAGUACUUGAGGUGCUAGAUCUUGACAUCCUGAUUGUAAUUGCUCUUGAAUCCGUGUUCUGAUUGUCAUUAUUGGAAUCUGUUGUGGGCCUAAUUUUUGGAAUUCUAUUGCCUGUUUCAUGGUUAACUUUUGUCUCUCAAUUUUGAUUGCUUGGUUAAAUUUGAUCUUGAUUCUUGGUGAAUGCCAUUUUGUUGCUGAAUUUUUGAGGCAUUCUACCUUGCACUCUUGUGUUCUAAUAUUCUUCCAAGCAUUCAUAUUUUCUAUUGAUUUUAUUCUGUUGCAAUUCUUGAGAUUCUUACAUGUCUUUUGAUGGUCUUAGCUUUUAACUCUUGUUAAUUGCUAAAAUCUGUCUCUUGAUUUUAGUUGCCUUGUUAGACAUAACCUUGUUUAUUGGUUAACUUUGUUUUGUGGCAGAAUUUAUAAGGCAUCCAUGCACUUGUUCAUUCAUUCAUGAUUCAUAUAUCCAUUGGAUGCUUAUCCGUCUUUGAUAGAGUUCAAAGUUUUGUUGUACUCAUCUUUAAAUCCAUGCCAUUCUUUGCCAACUCGUCUUGUGAUGGGUUCAUAGCGUAACCCCACAAUUGUUCUUUUGUGGUUUUGGCAAGAUUUAUUUUUAUUCCUUGUGCUUCCCAUAUCACCCCAGCCUCUAGUAGCUUAUUUGAUGGCAAAUCUUGUUAAGUGAUUAGUGUUCAGCUUUUUAAGAUUAGUUGUGAUUUGAUAUCAGAGUGGCGCAGCGGAAGCGUAGUAGGCCAUGUCUGUUCAUGGAAAGUGAGUGAGGCAUUUGUUUGUCUUGGAUUGUGUGAAGCCAUUCACCAGUCUAGAUGAUCCCCAAUUUGAGUUUUGGGGACAAAACUCUUUUUAGGAGGGGUGAGUGUAAUAUCCCA